GCAGAAUCAAAAUGAGCUGCAAUGCUGAGGCAUUUCAGAAGGAGGCACGACGCUGAGAGAGAGAAAGCAUGGACACGGAGGGAUCUGGAGACUUCCAGGCACUUCGAGCAAAAUUUCAAAAUGAUUCCAAUUUUUCUAGUGCUUUGCUGAGAUCUGCAAAGAACUCUCCUGCAGGAAACAUACCAAGGCAAAGUACCAACAGUGGUUGUCCAACCAAACCCAAGCCCUUGUGCCGAGUGCAUGUUCCAGAUCCUGAGCAGAAGACUGAGUGGUCUACACCACAGCAGCCUGAAAUAGUACAAGUAAAGCCUAUAGCGUUGCCAAGGAUCAGGCUUCAUGAAUUGUGUGAAGUUCGCAAGAAAGAAGAUAAAAAAGGCAGAGAUUUGCUGGAGACCCUUAGUGCAGGAACUGCACCUGUGAUUGAUUCACCAAAACAGCAGCCAACAUCUUGUCUUCAUUCUGGAGAAGAUCCAGUGGAAAAUAGUUCUUUCCGCCACACUCUGCAAAUCUGGGAAAAUGCUUUAUCUUGUGAUGACCAAAAGUGUUCUACACUACCAUCACAAAGUGCAAAUAAAACAUCCAUUGCACAACUGAAAAGUGAUAAUGUUGCUGUCGUUGAAGAUGAGGCAGCAAAAAUCACUGGAAAUAAGCAAGGACUGGUAUUUGCUGCAUCAACAAAUCCUCCCCACCUACAUAGUGAGACUGUUCCAUUUUCCCCAAUCUUACCACCUGUUCCCCCAAGAAGUCAUACAAGUUUGGAGAAAAGAGCAGAUGGAGCCAUUAAUGUUACUGGUUCAACCCAAAACGCUUAUGACUCUGACAUGCCAAAUAAGAUCAUUCAAUGCUCAAAUGAAGAACAACAUCAUCUCAAAGAGGUCAAGGUUCCAAAAAACAAACCACUUCCUUCCAUUGUGUCACUUGGUCCUCCUCCAAAGAAACCUCCAAGGCCUCCUAAGGUAGAUCUCAGUGCCUUCCAUCAAAAGCUGCUGGAUGCUAUUGAUGAUGAGUAUCUGACUCCUGAAAAACCUGAAACUGAAGAAGAGAACACUUAUGAAGAAACAGUAUCUUACCUGAAAGAGUUAGAAAAUUCCUCUAGCUCAAAUGUUUUUCAAGAAACUACACAUUCUUCCAUGACUGGAAAAGUGGAAACUAUCAAGAAACAUUUUCUCACUGCCACACAUAGCACUGAAACAGAGGAUGAACUAGAGAGAAGAGUACUCUGGAAUAAUGAAUCAUCAAAACAACAAGGCGCUAAAGAGAGAUUCAAGAUUGGUGACAAUGGAGAUAUACUUGUGAAAGAAAGAAUGAAUGGAGAAACCUUUGGUGGGAAGAACAUGCUUCGAAAGGGAACAGCACAAAGUUUCUCAGAGCAAUUACUAGAAAAGGAGAGAAAUUUUUCAGAUGGGUAUGUGUGCCUGGAAGCUUUGAAAGUCAACGAAGAACAGGCAGCUCUGGAUCCCAAGGCUUCCAAACCAGCGCAAGAUCUGGAGGAAUUAUAUGAUGACGUAGAAGGACUAGAGAGAGAAUUUCAAGCCUCUGAUACCUUCAGCUCGAACACCUCCAAUAGUGGCAAUGGUUCUCAGACUAUGGGACAGGCCACAUUUGGAGGGAUGUCUGUACAAAGUUGCAGGGAACACAAUGACAAAGUAGAAAAACUAAAGAAAUUUGGAAAAAUUUUCAAGAAAGAAAAGUUUAAAAUGAAGAAUGUUCAGUUGAAAGAGAAGAUGUGUUUUUCUCCCUCCAGCAACAUCUCCAGUUCUGUGCCAAAUCUAGAUGUUAUGACCCAGGAAGGCAUGGUGUAUGAUGAUGUCAACAUGGAAGAAAAUGAUACAAAAGAGAAGAACGAGAUGCAUAAAAACUGGAAAAGGUUCCUCAUGUCAAAAGAAAAGGAUCAAAGGAGAAACAGUGAAGAUGCUGAAAUUAGCCUGUCUUCCAGAAACCUAUUCAAAGUCAAGAAAUACAAUGUUGGAAAGCACAACAAGAUGACAAAAGAAGAAAAAAUAUUUAGGGAGAGGUUUAUGUAUACGAAAGAAAUCACAGUAAUAAACACUGCAGUUGCUCACUGUUCAAAUACUUUAACCAAAAGAAAACUCGAUUUACGGAUUACGGCUGGAGAACUACUUGAAGUCAUUGAUAUUGCUAAAGGGAACCAGUUAAUUUGUCGAAAUUCCGAAGGCGUGUAUGGAUAUGUGCCAUUAGAACACUUGAAUUUCAGGUAA